AUGUCUGAAUCCAUCAACUCCAAGGAAUACAGAGACCAAGGUUCUUCGCACGACGUGUCGAAGAUUCAAACUGCCGGUGAUAACGAUGAGUACAUCAUCAUCGGUAACCAAAAGUUCCACCGUCACGAAUUGAUGGCUGCCUUUGGUGGUACGUUGAACCCGGGUUUGUCUCCUCCUCCUAAACACGAAUUUGCCAACCCCGCUCCCCUUGGUCUUUCUGCCUUCGGGAUGACUACUUUCUGCUUGUCGCUUUACAAUGCUCAGGCCAUGGGCAUCAAGAUCCCCAACGUCGUCGUGGGUAUGGCUGCCUUCUAUGGUGGUGCUGCGCAAUUCUUGGCUGGUGUUUGGGAAAUGUGUGUUGGUAACACUUUUGGUGCCACCGCUUUCUGCUCUUAUGGUGCUUUCUGGUUGUCGUACAUGGCCAUCAAUGUGAAGUCGUUCAACAUUGCUGGUGGUUACGUUUUUGAAGAUGGUACUGCUGACACUCAUCAAUUCCAUAACGCCGUCGGAUUCUACUUGCUUGCUUGGGCUUUGUUCACUUUCAUGAUGUGCUCGCUCACCCUUAAGUCGACCGUGAUGUUUUUCCUUUUGUUCUUCUGUCUCGCUGUGACGUUCGUUUUGCUUGCUGCUGGUGAUUUCACGGGUAAGGUUGGUGUUACCAGAGCUGGUGGUGUCCUUGGUGUCGUGACUGCUUUCUUGGGUUGGUACAACGCCUGGGCCGGUGUGGCUACUAAGACCAACGCGUACUUUACCUCGUACCCUAUUCCCCUUUACCGCGCUUAG